UGAACCGAUUCCUAAACUAAAUUUAAUGAAAAACAUGGCAAAUUUGGAGAAUUCGGAGAGGUUUGGCAAUCGCCAACCCGGAUCCUCCGACUCAUGGGUCCCACGCGUCAAAGUCAAUCUCCACCUCUGUCCUCGUCCUUCCCGCUCCAAUCCUCCUCUUCCCCCAAAUCGGAAUCCAAUCCCGACGAAGCCCUAGAAAUCUUCGUCCGCCGCCGCCAACCCGAAGGCCAAGCCCGAGCCGAUGCCUCCGCCCGCGGCGCCUGCGGCGCACAACGCGCAGGCUUCCUCCAGGGCGUCGUCCUCCUCGUCAUCAGCCGCCGACCCCAAUCCUAAGCGCACCCACCCCAACGCCACCGCCGGCGGCGGCGCUGCCGCAUCCACGCCCCCGGACCCGAGCCCGAGCAUUAACGGGGGGGCCAACCGCUCCCCUCUGCUCCCGGCCCCGCACCCGCACCCGCACCCGCACCACGUCCUGGGCGCGCCCCAGCCACCGCCGCUUGUGUCGCUGCUGCCCCCACCGCGGCCUCUGCUCACCGUGGCGGCGGUGGAGGCCGUCAUGGCCGCCAUCCCGCCGCCGCCGCGGUACGGGCUCGAGGAUCUCGACCGACGCACCGUCGCGCUCUCCGACGGCACCGUGCGCACCUACUUCGCGCUGCCCCACGAGCCCCCGCCGCAGCUCCGCCAGCCUCCGCCGCCCAUCCCCGCGCACCUCCUCGCCCCGCCGUCCAUCCCCGCGCACCUCUUCGCCCCGCCGCCGGCCCCGCGUCUGGUCCCUGACAGGUGGGACCCUCCACCGCCCGUGACGGCAGCCGCUGCGGGUCUGCUUCCAAUGCCGGUUCCGAAGCGGAAGUGGGAGGAUCAAGCCAAUGGUGGCGCCCCGGGGGAGCCCUCGGGGCGCCAGCAGCAGCAGAAACCUGAGGAGAGGCGUGAUGCGAAGCAGGUGAAGGUGGAGGUGACAGGGGUGGAUGCGAAGGCGCUGAAGAGCGCCUUUCUUAAGAUGGUCAAGGUGAUAAAUGAGAGUGAAGCGGAUAAGAAGAAUUUCCGGGCCAAUGGGAAGCUCUUCCAGCUGAAGUGCACCGUCUGUGGAAGGGAUUCUAUAGAUUUGCAUGCACUUCUCAAUCAUGCAUACCAUGCAAAGAAUCCGGAGCAUCGCGCUGAUCAUCUAGGGUUGCACAAAGCUUUAUGUGUUCUUAUGGGUUGGAAUUACUCCGUAGACCCUGUUCACAAAAACGCAUACCAAUCAUUAUCUACUGCCGACGCUGAAGAUAGUCAAGGAGAUCUUAUUUUAUGGCCACCAACAGUCAUCAUUGAGAACACAUACAAGUCAAAGAACGAUGGACAAAAGGAUGGCAUGAGUAAUAAAGAGAUGGAAAGCAAGCUCAGAGAAAUGGGCUUUGCCAGCGCCGAUGUGCAGGUGCAGCCACUCGUUGGAAAGGAUGGGCAGAGAUCCAUGCAAGUGAAAUUUCCAUGCAGCCUGGAUGGUCUCAACAAGGCGUUGCGGCUUGUUGAGUUAUUUGAGCGCGAAGGCCAUGGGCGAGCAGCUUGGGCUUGCAUCCGGAGCAUCGCUCCCACUGCUGAUGGGGGCAACAACCCCAUGCUGGUGAAGGUGGAUGGUAAGGGGCAACGGACAUGGGUUCUGUACGGCUACUUGGCCACGGCAUGGGACCUCGACAUUCUAGACCCGGAGUCGAAGCAGAAUGCUACUGUAAAGAGCAGAAAAGAGCUCGAUUUAGACUAGGACCUGACCCUGCGAGAGCUGUGUAUGUUACAGUCAAGUUACGAAUCCCUAGUGAGCGUAAAUUGAUUGUUUCAUCUUACUAGGACACAGUUCAACUUCGAGAGCUCUCCGGUUUGAUCAAUUCGAGUUGCAAAUAAUGCGGAAAGUAAUGUUGGGUUGUUAAGAGUCCAGUGCAUGCGCUCACCCGGAGGGUGUGUUACAGCAUUAUAUGCAGUACCGGUGAGUAUUGGCUCUGAUGCAGGGGUGCUCAAGUGAUCGCUGCUGUAAUUGUUGACUUGUACACAGUUUUUUUCCAGCAUUUACAUCAGGGGUGAUAUGAGUAUCCAUUCUAACUGACAGUGGAACCA